CAAGUAAAUUUGACGUUUGUGUCAAAUAGAGCGUUACGAAAACCGAAAACGAUUUCAAUUUUCAAAGUUUAUAUAUUUUAUCGUAAAUUUUCUAAAUGAACCAUGAUAGGUAGUUCAGCAAUUAAAAAGUGAAGAUCAUUAGGAGUUCAAUAACAUGACCGAAGAUCCACCUAGGAAAACUGUGAAAGUGGUGGUUUUGGGAGAUAUAGGUAGAAGUCCACGAAUGCAAUAUCAUGCACUUUCUUUAGCCGGUUGUGGACAUAACGUAAAUUUUAUCGGCUACGUGGAAACACAACCUCUUCCUGAAAUUCAAGAGCAUCCGCUGAUAACAAUUACGAAACUUCAGCCCUUGAAAGUCGAUAGUUAUCCGAAACUUAUACAAUACCUCUUAAAAGCGUUAUGGCAGACUUUAAGUUUGUUUUUAACUUUAAUAAUCACUGGAAAAUGUAGCUACGUACUUUGUCAGAAUCCUCCCGCGAUUCCUACACUGCCCGUGUGUAGAUUUUACUGUCUUGUCACGCGUACGAAGUUUAUAAUCGACUGGCAUAACUAUGCCUACUCCAUAAUGGCCUUGUCAUUGAAAUCCAAUCACCCGCUUUUAACAUUUUCUACAUACAUAGAGAAAUAUUUUGGACAGUCAUCUGAUAAUAAUAUGUGUGUUACAAACGCAAUGAAAAGGGAUUUAUUAGAAAAUUGGGAUAUAUUAGCUACAGUCCUAUACGACAGGCCUCCAAAAAUAUUUCACCCAAUAACAUUGGAACAGAAACAUGAGUGGUUCAUUAAAAUUGGUCAGCAAUACGAGAUAUUCAGAUCAUCUGAACAUGAGAGCAGAGAUUCAAACACUAUGACUGCAUUUACUAAAGUGAUAGAUAAUACUGUGAGACUUAGAUAUGAUAGACCAGGGCUUCUAUUUAGUAGUACAAGCUGGACUCCUGACGAAGACUUCAGUAUUUUGAUGGAGGCAUUACAAGUUUAUGAAACAACAUACAAUCUUUCAAAAAAGCUGCCAAAACUUAUAUGUGUGAUAACUGGUAAAGGCCCCAUGAGAGACCAUUAUAAAAGCCAAAUUGCUUCUCGCAGCUGGGAGCAUGUGGCUGUUGUGACACCAUGGCUCGAGGCUGCCGACUACCCCACUAUGGUGGCUAGUGCAGACCUUGGGGUCUGUUUACACACAAGUUCAUCUGGUCUGGACCUGCCCAUGAAGAUUGUAGACAUGUUUGGAACAGGGUUGCCAGUUUUGGCAUGUGAUUUUGAGUGCCUUGAUGAGCUAGUGCAGGACGGUGAAAAUGGCUACAAGUUUAGAACAAGCUAUGAUUUAUCUAGGCAAAUAGUGACCUGGUUUGAGGAGUUUCCCAAUAAUACAAGUCAAAAUGAAAUCGCCAAGAAUAUGAGACAGAAAUUGUCAAAAUUUCAGGAGUCUAGAUGGGAAGAUAAUUGGAAUUUGAGAGCUAAAAAGUUUUUUGAAUAAUUUAUAGAAAACACAGGAAGUGAUUUAUUGCAAUUAUUAAUGACAUACUUUUUAUAAUAUAAGAAAUUUAUGAAAAAUAUAAACAUUAAGUAAUA